CAUAGUCGGCCAAAACACCGGCGUGACCGCUUUCUUAGGCUUCUCUCUGAUAACAUAUAUAUUAAGAACGAGACAACUCCACAAAUUGCGAAGACUCACAAUUGUGACAAUCCAAAGUGAAUCAAACGAUUGCACUUAUCGUAUGUAAUUGCAGAUUUUAUUAUUAUUCCUCAGUAUCGAACGUUGUUUAAUAAACUAAUAUUGUUAUACGAUAUCCAUAUAUGUGUAUUGACAAGCAAACACACUACAGGUUGUGAAAAAAAGGACCAGGCAUUUAUAAUUAAUCAAGGGAACUGGUGUGUGGAAAUGGGUUCUGAGAAUAGACUUGAUCAGAGUGAGAGUAUGCCAAAGGUUGACCUGUUGAGAGACGUUUCAAGGUUCAAGUCUACAGAUGUGGUUUAUAUGAAACGUUUAGAGAAAGAGAAUUUGAAAAGAGCUAAGAGAGUACAAGGAUAUCGCAUAGCUAAUAAUCGUAUGGGAAUUUCAUUGGCACUUGGAGCCCUAGGAAUUUACACGUAUACAAUAUACACUUUUAAGCAAGAAAAAUUCCUGGAUGAUUUCGAGAAGCCUGAGAAAACGAUCGAGAAGGUUGCAUAAAGUAGAAGCUUGUGUAGAAGAUAAAGCUUGUGUGUGA